UUGUGUACCUAUUAUAAAAAAUAAACAUCAUAAAACGGCAUUUGGCUUUAUCGGUACACGACGCGAUUUUAAUGCAUCAAGGAUCUCUCCAGCCUAAACUAUGAGCUUAUUCAAUAACCUGCUGUGGUUGGAGUUAAUCGUUUACACGACGCUCGCUUCAUCAGUGGCUUAUUGGUUUCACUGGCAAUGGAAACACAGACGCUUCUGCGAGUUGGCUGCAAAAUUACCCGGACCUAAGUCGUACCCGUUGAUCGGUACCGCUUCCAUGUACACGCCGACGUAUGACGGUACCGUAAAGAAAUUGAUAAGAAACGCCGUCCAAUACAAUUACGAACCAGUUGGCACAUGGAUUGGUCCAAUUUACUAUGUUAGCGUUGUCAAGCCGGAAGACAUACAAAUCGUGUUAAAUAAUUCAAAGGCCCUAGAAAAAGGUUACUUAUAUUCAUUCAUGAAAAGUUUAUUGGGCGAAGGUUUGUUAACCGCUCCAGUUGACAAAUGGCGUAAGCACCGCCGUGUGAUAGCGUACUCGUUUAAUAUAAAAUUUCUAGAGCAGUUGUACCCAGUGUUUAAUGAGAAACACAAAAAUCUCGUUAGAGAACUAAAAAGAAACGUGAAUUCGACAGAACCGUUCGACUUAUGGGAUUAUAUCAUCUCUACUACGUUUGAUACAAUCUGCCACGUUGCUAUGGACUAUCAAGUGAACGACAAGCGUAAGAAGCAUGAAUUUUUGAGCUUAUUAACCGUUAUCGCAGACGAACUGGUCAAAGCAGUGAAUAAACCGUGGUUGUAUGUGGACUCAAUUUUUACCAUGUAUAAGAGCUUUAGUGAUCUGGGCAAAAAUCUGAAAACCAUUAACAAGUUGCCUUUACAGUUGAUUGAGGAGAAGAAACUAGACUUCAAGUCAAAAAGAGAGGCGAUGAAAUCAUUCGAAGGUCAGGGUGAAAAUAAUGACGGGACCAUCAAAAUCCGAACGUUUUUAGAUUGUUUACUAUUGGCUAACGAGACUGAUCACGAUUUUACCGAAGCUGAUGUUCGAGAUGAAGUCAUAACAAUGUUGUUUGCGGGUAGCGACACCAAUGGCACCACCGAGUGUUUUUGUCUAUUAUUGUUAGCCAUACAUCAAGACGUCCAAAACGAAGUGUAUGACGAAAUUUACAACGUCGUGGGUGACAGUGACCGGGAAAUGACGCCUGACGACACUGCCAAACUCGUGUACUUGGAACAGGUGCUUAAGGAAACGCUUAGACUCUUUCCGAUCAUAUCUGUUUUCACCAGACAACUUCAAGACGACAUCAAACUCUCGCACUACGUACUGCCAAAGGGAACUAGCGUUACCAUAUCUCCUAUGGUAACUCAUCAUUGUCCGCUUUUGUAUCCCGACCCUUACGCAUUUAAUCCGGAUAACUUUAGCCCGGAAAAUGUAGCCAACCGUCACAAAUACAGUUACAUAGCGUUUAGUGGAGGGCCAAGGGGCUGCAUAGGAAUGAAAUAUGCCAUGAUGUCCAUGAAGUUACUGCUGGCCGAAGUCUUACGCAAUUUCAGUGUUCACACCGACAUUAAGCUAGCCGACGUAAAAGUGAAAAUCAGCGACGGAUUCACUAGGAAAGUCGGUGGUUAUCCCAUAACUAUCCGACACAGAGAUAAAAGGCCGUCUUACAUGCAGAAUACUACUUUUCUUAAAUCCUAGUACGUUGGUUUUAGAGUUUUAUUAAAACCCAUUGCCCGUUAUGAACCUAUAGCAAUUUAAAAGUAAUAUACGAGUAAAUGUAGUUGUUGUAUAUUCAAUAUUAACUAAUUGGUAAGAACAUAAUUAUUGUAUCUUAAAAUUAUUGUAAUAGUAAUUUAGUUUAUAAUUUCACAAUGACAAGAAAAAAAAUAAACUUUAAUGUUAGAAACUCAA